AUGUUUUUGCCUGCGUUGCUGCUCAUCCGAUUGACAUUUCAGGACUCGUCUGAAAGUGAACAAACUUUUUCACGAUGCGAUUCGAUGCUAUCGUUGGAGCGUUGCACAGCCAGUGAAUUGCCGUUCGCCCUGUCUACGUCCAAUUUGUUAAGUGCAUCGGCAACAAUAAAAGAAAAUCGUGUUCCGAUUGCAAUGGCCAUCCAUGAAUACAUUCAUGCUUGGUUCAAAGGUGCUGAUCACAGCAAGUAG